UCGCGGAGGAGGGGCCGCCGCCGCCGGGCGCAGCAGGCAGAGGGAAGGCAGGGAGCGGAGCUGCCGUUGCCGCCGCCGAGGGCCGGGGCCUUGGACGCGUCCGGCGAAGAGCGCAGGAGGAGAAGGAAGGGGAAGCGGGGGGAGCCAGCUGGCCCCUCUCGGAGGACGCGGCCCGCAUCCGCCCAGGGAAGGGCAGAGGGAAGCGGAGGGGGAGCGAGCGGGCGCCGCCGCCGAGGAGACAAAGAAGCGGAGCCCGCCUGGGCUGGGAGCCUCCCCGCCGCCGCCGCCCGCCCCGCUCCGCUCCCCGCCGGCCGGCCGGAGGUGGUGGUAUAUAGAACUUUGUUGGAGAGUCCUGCCUUUCACUGCCUGGAUCCUUUUAACAGUGUGUCAAAGAAGGACUCCAUGAAAGAUGACAGAAGAAGUUAUUGUUAUUGCAAAGUGGGAUUACACUGCACAGCAGGACCAAGAACUUGACAUCAAGAAAAAUGAGCGUCUUUGGCUAUUAGAUGAUUCUAAGACAUGGUGGAGGGUAAGAAACGCGGCCAACAAAACGGGAUAUGUGCCAUCAAAUUAUGUGGAGCGAAAAAACAGCUUGAAGAAAGGUUCUCUGGUUAAAAAUCUAAAAGACACACUGGGCUUGGGAAAAACCAAGAGAAAGACGAGUGCGAGAGACGCCUCCCCCACUCCCAGCACAGACGCAGAGUAUCCUUCCAACGGCAGCAGCGCCGACCGGAUUUACGAUCUGAACAUUCCCGCCUACGUGAAAUUUGCCUACGUUGCCGAGAGGGAGGAUGAGCUGUCCCUCGUUAAAGGGUCCCGAGUGAUUGUCAUGGAGAAGUGCAGUGACGGCUGGUGGAGAGGGAGCUACAAUGGACAGAUCGGCUGGUUCCCUUCGAACUAUGUGGUAGAAGAGGUUGAGGAAGCAACUGCAGAUUCACCCAGCUUCCUCAGCCUUAGGAAAGGCGCUUCCAUGAGUAACGGCCAGGGCACCAAAGUACUCCACAUCGUUCAGACACUGUACCCAUUCAGCUCGGUCACGGAUGAAGAGCUCAAUUUUGAAAAAGGGGAAACGAUGGAAGUCAUUGAAAAGCCAGAAAAUGACCCAGAAUGGUGGAAAUGUAAAAAUUCCAGAGGUCAAAUCGGUCUUGUUCCUAAAAACUAUGUAGUAAUCAUUAGUGAUGGUCCUUCCAUGAACACUUCCCAUCCACCUCAGAUAAGCUACACGGGCCCAUCUUCUACUGGACGAUUUGCUGGAAGAGAGUGGUAUUACGGGAACGUUACCCGGCACCAAGCAGAAUGUGCCCUGAACGAAAGGGGAGUGGAAGGAGAUUUCCUUGUUAGAGACAGUGAAUCUUCGCCCAGUGACUUCUCAGUAUCUCUAAAGGCAUCGGGGAAGAACAAACAUUUCAAGGUGCAGCUCGUGGACAAUGUCUAUUGUAUUGGGCAGCGGCGAUUUAAUACUAUGGAUGAGUUGGUGGAACACUACAAAAAGGCUCCCAUCUUCACCAGUGAACACGGGGAAAAGCUAUAUCUUGUGAAAGCACUUCAGUGACGUUGAAGAUGGACUUGGCCACCUGGGCCUCUUAUAACUUACAAGCCUUAGGUCCUAAAUUCACUUUUAUAGAGCAGAGCAAUAUCUGAAGCAGGCUUAAGGAAUAGGCUCUUUCUAAAGUGUUUGCUCUGUCAGUUGCUGUUUGUCCUUUUUUUUUUGUUUGCCUCUCUUUGUGUUCCAGUUUUGUUAACCUCUGACCACCUCUCUUCAGGUUGAGAGUUUCCCUUGGGUGGCCGUGGCGAGCACUCACCUUCCCAGCAGAGUUCAAAACGCCCCUCUCCUGUGUACGUUUACAUAGUUAGCUCAGAUCAAGGAGGGGCGUUUUCAAUUCAAACCAGUGUUAAUCUGUUCAGACUGCUCAUGCAGGCAGAACUCUCCCUUCAGAGACAUCGGGCACACUUUGAAUGCACUGAAGCUGCAGCUGCUUAAGUGAGAGAGAGUAGACAUAACAGUUGUGGCUGUGAGUUCUGUAGCUCUAUCGCUUACCGAGUAGGAUAAUACAAAACCUCCUAGUUCCUAGAAGCACUCUUUACACUGUACUCUGCUGUUACAUUGCCUCUCUGACUCUUCGUAAAGAGUACACUAAUUAAAAGCAUUUUGUAAUAGUACUUCUUAAACUACUAUGGUAAGAUUGUAGUAAAAGAAAACUAGUGUAUUUUGGUCUGUAAUUGCAACAAAGAGAAAUUUUAUUUGAAAGUUGAUUACUAGAGAAAGAAUAAUUGAAUUGUAAAGGCUGAAUGUUUCGGUAAUCUACAACCAAAUGUGCCAUCCACAUAAUGCUUUUUCCUCUUGCCCUUCUGCUUGUUUGAAUUAAACGAUUAUGUAUUUAAUUCUCAAAGUAAUAUGUAUCUGUAGCUGAUUGUUGACACUAAUACAGAAGAUUAAUAAAAACUGAUCUUGGGACAGGGUGGGGCAGGCUACCAACACUAUAUAUAUAUUUGCUUUACAGAAAGAAAUCUUCGGGUUUUACAGAGGAUGGUAUGGUUGGUAGGAAGAGACACACAGAAUGUUUAUGAAGAAAAUGCAUUUUUCUCUUUUCUUUACAUUUAAACUCCUUUAUGGUUUAAAUAUACAGUCUUUAGAUGGCACAUUCCUGAGAUUGAAGAACGGAUCAUGAGAUCUCAAAAUCUUGCAUACUCAGUUUUUUGGAUAUUGUAAUAAAAAAGGUAUUACGUCAUGAUGGAGUACUGGAUUUAUCCUUGGGUGGUAGUCCUGGUGUUAUUUUAGCAACGUGAAAUAGAGUAAAUAAUCAAUUUUUUGUCUUGGAAUUUGUGUGGCCUAAAAAUCAUCUGCGACUGCAGAGGACAUUUUUGAUAUGAGGCAGUGUCUAAUGAGCUCUGUGUUUCUUGUUUCUGUGGUAAUUAAGUCCAUUCAUAGCUUUAAUGAAAUCUGCAAGAUGGACCUAUUUCCUGGUACCUCUUUGCUAUUAAAACACAUUUCUUACCUAUGCUGUGUUUCAGCCAGUAGAAGUGCAACUACCUCUGUGUAUAACUAGAGCAGGUUAAGCAGAUACCAGCACUGUCUGACUUGCUUUGGGGUAAAUCAUGCCACUGCCAAGAGACUGCCCUGGCACCUUUGCCAAUGAACUGCAGUCUUCCUCAAAUCCAAGAGGCAAGUACAAUUUCUGAAGUUCUAUGCACAUACUAUUUUUCCACCACUCUUGAAAUCUUAUUUCUGUGGGAUUUUCUGAAUUGACAGCUUGUACUGAAACUAAAAAAUGUAUUUUUCUGUAUGUGCAUUAACUAAUCACUGGGCAGUGACACUUGUGCUUGGUAAAGCCCAAGGAAAGAAAGCAGUGAUACAGAGCAAUCCAAAAUGAUCAUGCAUUAUCCUGAAGAGCACCUACCCCAUGACUGUCUUCUAAGAAGAUAGAAGUUUUCCUUAGGAAGUUGGUGAGGAUUACCAGUUGUUUACACCUUACCUACAGAAAGACUCCACAGUGGGCUUCUUAAACUUCAUGAGUGAAUUCUGCAGAGAAUGUAGGGAUUUGCCUUCUAAUACCUAGUUUUUUCUUUAGGUGAAUUGAAGCAUGUACCGGGUAUGGCAAUAAUAUUAAAAAAGUCAGCUAUAUGUUGUAUGAGCAUUUUCAGGUUUGAGUGAAUUGCUUUUCAGUCUUCUUGUCUCUUGGUAGUAUUUGCAGAAAUUAUAUAUGGGAAUGGUUUACCUUUUCAGUAAACAGAUUAAUUACUGUUUCAUGCCCCAUGUUCGUUUUUUGGUGAAAUAUUCCCUAUGUUUCCUGUUUCAGGAGCCUUCAUAUGCCUCUUGGAAUCUUUUUUACACUUUUUUUCUAGAGUCCAUUUUUACAAGCUCUCUUAGUUCCUAACUCCAUUCUAGUCUUAGUAGCUUGAACUAAAUCAAAUAGACAUCUGAAUGAGGGUUUUACUAUAUGCUUUAUAUUUUAAUGAAUUUAUCAAAUUUUCUUUGCUUGUUUCUGUUACCUCCUCCUCUGUAAACAAAUUCUGUGUCUUGAGGUGUAAAUUGUAAAGUACUUUGUUUUGGAAGCAGUUAGUAAGUUUAUGACUUGUAAAUUACUAGCUCAAGUAAUUUCCUUUCUUUUUUUUUCAAGUAAGUCUCACCUUGGUUUUUCCCAUGCUGUUUUUUGUCAGCAUGCUUUCCAUUCAACAGGCUCAUUAAUAGCUCUUCAGUUGUUCCCAUCAUUGUUGAGGUAUAUUCAUACAAAUUUUGCCACCUUUUCCUGCCCUUUUGAUCUCACUUGGCUUAAGCAUUAAUAAUCUUCAGUACUAUAUGCUUCAUAAAGGGGCAAUAGAUGUGGAUUUUAUUAUUAUUUCCCUAUUUUAUACUCACCUUUCAAUUACUUGACAAAAUCUCACCUUUAUUUUUUGACUACUUAGAGCCUCUUUGUCAAAGCUUGUGGUGGGGGUGGCAUUUUUUUUUAAAUAUGAGCAGAGUCAUGGUGACCUGAAUUUCUUUGCUUACAAUAUUCAUUAAAGGCUCAAAUAAUUUCUGAUGGAGUAGAAGUUUUGAUUUUUCUUUAUGGUGUUUAGUCUGGCUUUUGCCAUCCUACCUGAUUCAUACAGGUGCUUAAGUUGUACUUCUAAGUACUUCUCAUUCCUGUACAGCUGUUAAUGUGUUCUUUCCUUGCUGGUGUCUUUGGAGGAAUGUGAAUGACUUGUGAAUCCAUAACAGUUUCCACACAGUGGCAGAAACUUGAGGUCCAUGUUUAUACUUUUAGCUCUGGGAGCUUCAUGACAAACUCCCACUUGAUGUUAUCUUGACUGUUUGUGGUAUCACAUAUUAGGUGGGGACAAAUUAGUAAAGGAUUAAUAUACAAGUGCACUGAGAACAUGCCAGGUAAACUCACAUGGACCUACAGUGUUGCAAAAGCAAAGGAUUUGCUUACUCUUUUUUGAGAAGAGGCAAUGAAGACAUGCAGUUGGGUGUUUAACAUCUUUGACUGCGUGAACAAACUGAUGUCCCACCCUUGAAUGGUUCUGCUUAGUGUUCUCCAUGCAGAUCUUCAUGUCUCAUGAAUGUAUAUUAAAUCCUUAAAGUUUACAGCUGUUCCUCCAAACCUUUAUUACAGCUUUUCUGUACUGUAAAGUUUGGUGUCUAGUUUAAUGGUUUCACUAUGAGGAAAUAGAGAUCUUCCACUCUUAGAACAAUAGCUUCUGUUAUAGCACAAAGUUGAAGUACUUUCAAAACGCCACCAUACAAUUUCACCUAUAAAAACGAGUCAGAUUUUUGCCUAAAUUAUAAAUAAAAAACUAGAAAAUGGAUUACAGGUCCGUUGAACUAGGUUGACAAUUUACUUGGCAAAAGCUACUAAAUAACUGUAAGGACUUUAAUUUCUUCUUGAUCUUAAGGUAGUUUAAUUCAGUGCUUCAGAGGUAAAUGAAACUUGGGCAAUUGCUGCAAUCUGAAUCUGACAGGUUCUUUUUUCUUACUCCAGUGGGAUGGGAUGACUCAUUUUUAAAUGGAAACUUGUUAACAUAUAAUAAACUGUGGAAAUUGUAUUGCUGAAGUAACACUGAUCUCUUAAAAUGCUCUAGGAACUAUGAACUUUCCUAUUAAUUUCUUUUCAGUACAUUCAAAAUUCAGUGCCUUUUUUGUGAAGUGGAAAAGUGGAAGCCAGCAAGAGUACAGCAUGCACAGUCCUGAAGGGCAUUACCUGUACCACGUGAAUGAAAGUAUGCAAGUAAAUGCUACCAUUCAUUCAUUAUUUUGAUUAACAAGUAAAUCAGUUGUGCAAUACUCUUCUAGAAAGUAUACUGCAAUUGCAACCCAAGUGUGCACCAGCUUUAGUAUGUGAUAACAAGGCCUAAUGUACGUUCCUGUGCCGUUGUCUUGCAAAAGCAAUAGCUUGCUGUCUUUUUCUCUUUUUUAGAUAGGCGUUCAUGUUGUUGGAUAUAGUUAUAAUUUGUUGGAGAAAUCAAUACAUAAUGUUUUUUGACCUAAAUUGACUUAAUGUGAAAAAUAAUUUAUAUAUGGUGUACUUAAAACUGUAGUAUUUUCUGGUCUUUUGUGUGCUGCUGGAACCCUAUGCUCUUUCUGUAUUUUAAAAUGUAAUUUUUUUUCUUGCA